AUGCGCGUUGCACACGUUCAUAUUGCAGACAGUUUUCUAAUCGAUGACGUCAUUAUUCUUGAGAAUGUAUACUCCUCCAAGAAGAAUUUUAAUACGUCCUCCCCGUAUAGUCCGAGCAAGGGUCAGGGCCAGUAUAGAUGCAAGUGCGAAGUUGGCCCUGACAAUACUGCAACUGCGUCGCAGAUAACCAAUGGCUACAACUCCUGGUACAAUAGCGAUCGGAAAGAAAUCGUUUCGACUAAAAAAUCAGUCAAGGAUGCAUCUACGACUAUAGAAAAACUGCCUGAACUUGAAGUAGCGGACGCGUACUUCGAUGAACAUCCUGUGCUGGAUUUUGUAGGAACCUGUUGCGGUAUGGUGCGUUAA